UCGUAAGCCACCAGGGGAUCCCGUCUCCCCACAAACCAGCGCAUCUCUCGCAGGAGGCUGAGGAGGGGGAGGAGGCGAGGAGCGGGAGGAGGCGAGGAGCGGAGCGCGGGGUUUCGCGGGCGCGCGCUGCGGCUGGAGCGGCGGCGAGGGGCUUCCUGGCCAUGCACCGCCUCGCCCGCGGCGGUUCCGGGCGCCACACUCUCCGCCCGGGCUGCGCCCGCUGUCGCCACCACAAGCUCCUGCGGCCGCCGGCACUGUCCACCGAGGAGCAGAGCUAGCCCUCCCCAUCACCGACUCCCUUCUCCGCGGAGACGCGCCGCCCGGCAGCCCGCGCCGCCCCCUGGUCAACUUUGAGCAAGAGGACAAACAACUUUGGCCGUGGCCGCGGGCUUCGCAUCCCGCUUCUCCUGGUCCGCAGGAGCCUCGCGAGUCGCUGGGGUUAGGUGGGGCGAGAGUUUCCCCGGCGCGUCUGCGCGGCGUCUGGCCGUGGGCAACCUGCUUCCAGCAAGCGGGAGCGGGAGUGUGGCUGCUAGUCAUCUGAAGGUGGGGAACUCGUUUUUCUUUCCCUUGAAGCGCCCUCGUCUGGCUGCUGGAUAAAGCUAUAUCGAAAGCGUGUAAGUAGGCAGAGCAACUGUUAACAGGAAGGCAACCGCCCCAAAGGCAGGGAGGAGCGUGGGGCUUCGUCCGGACUUCUCCCAGUCGCAACAUUAAUCAACAGUCAGGCGUUGGUUGCAAGUUUUCAAGGUCAGCCACCGGCAGCAGCGAUUCCCUCUCUGAAUCUUGGGGAUACGCAGCGCUCGGGUUGGCUUUGGCUGAGAAAUGCACAGGACACCAAACGAGGAAGGAUUGUAGAGGGGAAGGGCUGUGACCCCCAAGACCCAUCCCCCCAACCUCCCCCUAAUCUCCCGUCCCCCGCUGCAGGGGCGGGGGUUAGUAUGUGACAUGUGUCUAACUCUCAGCGGCAACUUUGGCAGCAGGUGUCGGUCCUAAGCAGGAGCCGCCGUUGCCGGGUGCGCCCUCGCCCAGCCAUGCGGGCCGCGGGCGCGCCUCUCGCCCGCACCUCGCGGCUGCUGCUUCUGCUACUGCUGGAGGUUUCCGCUUCUCCUGUCCUCGGGUCCGCCCCUGCGCCCGGGAACGAAAAUUGCCUGGGGGAAAGCUGUUCACCUACACUGAUCCAGCGUCGCAGCAGGGACGCUUGGGGACCAGGAAAUUCUGCAGGAGACCUUCUGCCAACCCGUGCGCCCAGGGAGGAGGAGCAGGAGGCAGCGGUGCGCUUGGCGCCUUCAUGGGACCCACCCGCGGCCCGCGGCGGUGACCCAGGUGCGGGCAGAGGGGCGGAGGCGUCGGCAGUGGAGCCCUCGGGACCUCCAGCCAGACCACCUGGCGCCUGGAGGUGGAAAGGUGCCCGGGGUCAGAAGCCCCCGGGUACUUUGGGGAGAGGGAACCCCACGGCUCUCCAACUCUUCCUUCACACCUCAGAGGAGGAGGAGAAGGGUCCCAGAGGCGCUGGCAUUUCUGGGCGCAGUCAGGAGCAGAGUGUGAGGAAGGAACCCGGAGCCAGCGACCUUUAUUAUUGGCCAAGGAGAGCCGGGAAACUCCAGGGUUCCCACCUCGACCCCCAACCCAAGACGGUCAAUGGACCGUCGGGGCACGAAGGGCGGACGAUUGCACCCCCUGGCAGGGCGCUGGCUCUGAAUGGGUCCUCCCUUGAAGGAGUUCACGAACGCGGGGGUCCUCGGCGGGGGAACAGCACGAACCCGCGCUUGCGACUGAAGAACCCUUUCUACCCACUGACCCAGGAGUCAUACGGAGCCUAUGCGGUCAUGUGUUUGUCGGUGGUGAUCUUCGGGACCGGCAUCAUAGGCAACCUGGCGGUGAUGUGCAUCGUGUGUCACAACUACUACAUGCGGAGCAUCUCCAACUCCCUCUUGGCCAACCUGGCCUUCUGGGACUUUCUCAUCAUCUUCUUCUGCCUUCCGCUCGUCAUCUUUCACGAGCUGACCAAGAAGUGGCUGCUGGAGGACUUCUCCUGCAAGGUCGUGCCCUAUGUAGAGGCUGCUUCUCUCGGAGUUACUACGUUCACCUUAUGUGCUCUGUGUAUAGACCGCUUCCGUGCGGCCACCAACGUCCAGAUGUACUACGAAAUGAUAGAAAACUGUUCUUCCACAACCGCCAAACUUGCCGUUAUAUGGGUGGGUGCUCUCCUGUUGGCACUGCCCGAAGUGGUGCUCCGCCAGCUGAGCAAGGAGGACCCGGGCUUCAGCGGGCGCGCCCCCGCGGAACGCUGCAUCAUCAAGAUCUCCCCGGAUCUCCCCGACACCAUCUAUGUUCUAGCGCUCACCUACGACAGCGCCAGACUCUGGUGGUACUUCGGCUGUUACUUCUGUUUGCCCACACUUUUCACCAUCACCUGCUCUUUAGUGACUGCAAGGAAAAUCCGCAAAGCCGAGAAAGCCUGUACCCGGGGGAAUAAGCGGCAGAUUCAGCUAGAAAGCCAGAUGAACUGUACAGUCGUGGCUUUGACCAUUUUAUAUGGAUUUUGCAUUAUUCCUGAAAAUAUCUGCAACAUUGUUACUGCUUACAUGGCUACAGGGGUUUCCCAGCAGACAAUGGACCUUCUUAAUAUCAUCAGCCAGUUCCUUUUGUUCUUUAAGUCCUGUGUGACCCCUGUCCUACUUUUCUGUCUCUGCAAACCCUUCAGCCGGGCCUUUAUGGAGUGCUGCUGCUGCUGUUGUGAUGACUGCAUCCAGAAGUCUUCCACGGUGACCAGUGACGACAAUGACAACGAAUACACCACAGAACUGGAGCUCUCACCUUUCAGUACCAUACGCCGGGAUAUGUCCACGUUCGCGUCCGUUGGAACUCAUUGCUGAAGCACAGCCUUUGGUUUGCUUAGGUUUCUUUAUUUGUUUCAUUUUCAUAUCCUGUGAAAGUUUUUACUUCGUAUUUUUCCUUAGUGGGAAAACAUGCAAAAAAGGAGAGAAAUAUUAACUACUGUAGAACUGAUUUUGCAAAUUUAUAUCUGUGCUUCGAAAAAAAAAGUUUAUAUUUAGUUAUUUAAGAAGUAUGAGGAGGCCAAUAGUUUUAGAUCAUUUUAUCUGGUAUGGUGCUAAUAUUUUAUUUGAAAAAAGUGACUGCACCUUAAUUAAUUGCUAACUUUCUUUUGUUCUUUUAAAAAUAUAAUCACUGUAUAUUGAUUAUAGCCAUGUGAUUUUGUAGGCUAUUUUAUGUUUGAGUUGUGAUUGAAAGUAUAUUGUAUAUGGUAUCGUGAGGUGAGUUGUAGUUAAGAAGCAUUCACAAAGUAGCACCAAAUAAAUUACACUUUAUUCUUUAAUGUCAUUGUCAAUCUACUUUUAACCAAGAUUCAAUAAAUCUUUUAAUUGCCUUAAAUACACAAUUACUGAUUCUAUGCACAAUUCAAAAUCAGCCUUAUUGUUUUAUAAUUCUAUUUUCCUUUAAGGUGGGCAAUCACUAUGAUAUAAAGACAUUUUCCUAACAGUACUAUUUUAUAUGCAUGAUUCAUAAAACUAUACUGUAUGUUUAAAAAAUUGUAUUUUUAAUAUUCAGCUAGAGAUAUAAAAUUACUUCCAAAUAUUUAUAAAAUAUGAAUAAAUAGACAGCAGAGUA